CAGCCGCUCUACAGUGGAAAUAUCUUCACGCCCGCCGUGCAACUCCCAAUCGCCAGGCGCAUCUGCACAGCCGACGUGCUGCUUCCAGAAGGCCUGAAGCGCGCCGCCGGCCCAUUGGUCACUGUCGCCUCGAAACAUCCGAUACAAACAUCGAGUCACUGCGCCAUCUGCCGUCGCCAGUCCAGGUCGCGCUGAUUCGAACGCUGCUUGUGCGCCUUGUGCGCUGGCCACCUGGAGCCCGUCUUCUGCUCCCGCGGCAGUUUUCCGAGUACUGCAAACUGCAUACUGAGUCCUAAAGACUGCACUGCACGCCUAGCUGCGUCGCAUCCUACUCUGCCACCCUCACUGCCCUCUACCGCGCUUCAAAACUCCAUAUAGUUACCGCCGGCGCCCGACUUGUCUAUUCAAGCAAUCUACCGCGCAUGACAGACGCCAAUUCCGCACCAGAGACGGCCGCCGACUCGCAGCGGCUGAAGAACAUCACAGAAGGAGUCGCUGUCCGCGGAUACCACAGCGAGCAAGAUAUGGCGGCCGAUGUCUUAUCACCCAGGAGUGACCCGGGCGCAUCGGCGCAAGUCGGAGUCAAUCGCACCUCCCUCCCGCCGCUCGUCACUUCCCCGCCAUCCAAGGCGAAGCUCGAGCGCGCCAGCUCCUACAUGAACAAGCGACUCUCGACCUUCUCAAACACCUCCAACACACACCAAUCUGUCCGCUCCAGGCCGCAGUCGACUGCCUUUCCCAUCUUCCACUCGAGUCUGCCCUACUCGCUCGUCCGCGACUUUGCCUACGACCCGCUGCACCCGCUCUUCUACGGCCCUCUUCCGGAACAACCUUCCGAUAUCUCGACACCGGCCAGCGAACACAGCCGGAGGCUUUCGGACCCGCCACCCGUGGCAUGGCGAAGCGACCGAGGCGGUUGGUCCGCGGGGUCUUGGGACGAGAACGGCGAGCAGCUCCCACAAACAGCAUACGACGGCGGCCCGCCCUAUAGCGAGGACGAUGACAUAUCUAGUCCGGUAGUCACAAGCCAUCAUGGCGCACGGCACAAGAAGCACAAGUCCAAUAUCGUCAAUUUCGAUCACACGCGUGGGCGGAGAGGCUACCCCGAGGAGCAACGGCGGGGCUCGAUAUUGCCUAUGAACGGCGAGAGCAGUCAGUUCGUCAGCGACGAGGCUGCAAAUGGGCCUGGGGGUGAGUACAUCACAUAUCCACCCGAGUCAUCGCGGCUCGGUGUGCCAGAAGGAGCUUCACGACGAGACUCGCACUUCGCAACCACCCUCCCGCAACGGGCAUACGCUGAUACCGACGCCGAUGUUGAGGGCCCGCCGUACGACUCAGACGACGACAUGUCAGAGCCCGAGGACUACAUCCACGAUGACAACCGAUUCUCGCGCGACUACCAGUUCACCAUCGCAUCACCCGAUGAGGAAAUGCACGGCAAGGCCGUCGCCUUAUUCGAUUUCGCACGCGAGAACGACAACGAGCUACCGCUGGUAGAAGGACAAGUGAUACUGGUGUCAUACAGACAUGGUCAAGGUUGGCUCGUAGCUCAAGACCCAAAGACUGGCGAGAGCGGUCUUGUGCCCGAGGAAUACGUCCGUUUGCUGCGCGACAUUGAAGGCGGCUGGAAUGGUCUAGUCGGUGCCAUACAACCGCAGCCCGAAUUGCUGCCACCUGAAGCCAACAACGGGCCUGAGAGCCUACUCAGCCCGAUCUCAGCCGGGCCCGAAGCGAAGACGCCCACACAGGCUGAUCACCCUCAGAACUACACGCCAGUCAUAUCGACCUUCUCAACAAGCCACAAAGAUCUGGAGAAGUAUCCCACAGAUAGGCUUGGCACGCCUACUACCACCGAAGGCGGCCCCUUCUCAAGAAGCAAAGACACUGGCGCUAUGGAGGGUGUGGAGUCGACACCCGAGCCGCAGUCUCAAGACCAGAAGCCAUGAAGAUCGUAAGGUCGCUUGCCUUACCAUGGGCAAGCCCGGAAACCAAACUCUACAGCGCGAUAGCAAGGGGUGCUGGACCCACACAUAACCAGGCAGACGAACUUG